AUGCGAGCGUGGUGGUGGGGCUCUGCGUCGUCCGCCGCGGGGGUGUCUGCUGGGAGCGGCCCACCGCUCGCAUUGGAGGGUCGGCUUCGCCGCGUCACGGCGAAUGACAUUGCGCAUGUGACACCGCGGGAUGUGGCGCGGGUGAAGCAACAAAUGUCGCUGGAAGACCUUCACUGCGCGAUGCGCGUGAUGCUCGGAGAUAACCGAUAUGCAGAAGUGUUGGAGCAGGCGCCGCCGUCUUCGUUGCGCAGCGCGGCGCAUGGCCUCUCCGCCACGCAGCUCAGCGGUCUCAUGACCAUCUCAAAGUCAAACUUUCUUGCCCUCUACAAUGUGUUGCCGUACACGACCCAGGCCCACCUCGCGGAGAUGACGGCAAUUUCCAACACUGCCGGUUGA